AUGCCUCCGGGCAACCCCACGGCUAUCCCUGUCGACCCUUCCUCUGGAGUCUGGGACCGGAUAACAAACUGGGUCUCAGAGAACAAGGCCGUUGCCUACACCAUUGCCGGUGUCUCCGUCGUUGUUACGGGCGCCGGUAUCGUCUACUACCUCUCUGAUUCCUCCAAAGAUACAUCCCCCAAGCUCAGCAAGAAGGAGAGGAGAAAGCGCAAGGAGGCCGAGCGCAAGGCUGCUGAGACCAAAGAGACCCCCUCCACCGGUCCAUCUCAACCCAAGCCCGUGACUGCCGAGAGCGAGCCGGAGCUGCCCGAGAUCGAUGAGGAGACAGUCGCUACUCUCACCCAGCAGCAGCGUGAUGAGUAUGCCGCAAAGCUGAAGCAGGCCGGUAACAAGGCCUACGGCGACAAGGCCUAUAACAAGGCCAUUGACCUCUACUCCAAGGCCAUUCUCUGCAAGGCCGAUCCCGUCUUCUACUCCAACCGAGCCGCCUGCCAUAGCGCCAUGAGCGAAUGGGACCAGGUCAUUGAGGAUACCACCGCCGCCAUCAGCAUGGACCCCGAGUACGUCAAGGCCAUCAACCGCCGCGCCACCGCCUACGAGCACCAGAAGAAGUACUCCGAGGCCCUGCUCGACUUCACUGCGUCAUGCAUCAUCGACAACUUCAAGAGCGAGUCUACCGCCCAGGCCGUCGAGAGGCUUCUCAAGACCUUUGCCGAGCAAAAGGCCAAGGAGAUGAUGGCUUCCCGACCACCCAAGCUGCCCAGCCCCAUCUUUGUCGGCAACUACCUUCAGAGCUUCCGCCCCAAGCCCCGACCUGCCGGCCUCGAGGAGUCGGAGGAGCUGGACCCCGAAACCGGCAAGGGACAGAUGCAGAUCGGACUUGAGGCACUGGAGAAGAAGACUGGCGAUGGCUACGAGGAGGCGCGACAGGCGUUUGAGAAGGCUCUUGAGCUUGGCGAUCUCGGCGAGUAUGAGGCGCUCGCCUACAACAUGAGGGGUACUUUCCGCACUCUCCUCGGCAACCACGCCGAUGCCACCAACGACUUCGACAAGAGCAUCGAGCUUGACCCCACCAUGACCCAGAGCUAUAUCAAGAGGGCGAGCAUCAGCCUGGAGCUUGGCGAGCCUGAUAAGGCCGAGGCCGAAUUCGCCAAGGCCCUGGAGCAGGACAACAACGACCCCGACGUCUACUACCACCGUGCUCAGGCUCACUUCAUCAAGGGCGACCUCGCCGAUGCCCAGAAGGACUAUCAGAAGUCAAUUGAUCUCGACAAGGAUUUUAUCUUCUCUCACAUCCAGCUCGGUGUCACCCAGUACAAGAUGGGCUCAAUCGCAUCCUCCAUGGCUACGUUCCGACGAUGCAUUAAGAACUUCCCCAAGGUGCCCGAUGUCUACAACUACUACGGCGAGCUGCUCCUCGACCAGGGCAACUUCUCGGAAGCCGUCGAGAAGUUCGACACUGCCAUGGAGAUGGAGAAGCAGACCAAGCCCAUGUCGAUGAACGUGCUGCCCCUCAUCAACAAGGCCCUGGCUCUCUUCCAAUGGAAGCAAGACUUUAAGGAGGCCGAGGCUCUCUGUCAGAAGGCCCUUAUCAUCGACCCUGAGUGUGAUAUUGCCGUCGCCACUAUGGCUCAGCUCCUCCUCCAGCAGAACAACGUGCCCGCUGCUCUCAAGUACUUUGAACGCGCCGCAGAGCUCGCCCGAACCGAGGGCGAGAUCGUCAACGCCUUGUCAUAUGCUGAGGCGACCCGAACACAAGUCCAGGUCACCGAGAAGUACCCCAAGCUGGCAGCCAAGCUGGCGGGUGGUGGUCCCGGUGGGCUCCGAAUGGGUCCCCAAUAA